CCGUUGCGAGGCAGGCCAUGUGUAGGUAUGCCAACAGGUUUUACCAGAGGAGAGGUGAGGCAGUAGACGCCGCCCAUCAGGUGUGUGCGCACAGUGACUCACUGUCUCAAUGUUUCACCACCGACACACAGCUCUUUCUUUCCGACACUCCGCGGGGACGUUUGGGUUCAUGCCUCCGUUCAACAAAUGUGCACGAAGAGGCUUUUUACAGAGUAACUAACCUGCCGGAGGUGACGCAGUUUAAAUGUGUUAUCCCAUGUUUCGGAUAUGGCCUCUGCUUCUGCUGGGAGGACUCGUGCUGCCAGGGAUGCAACAUGUCAGUGGAAUAAUUAUUUACACUCCGAAAGAGUUGGAAGCAGCCAACGGGACGGAUGUGAAACUCAAGUGCACCUUUUCUUCCAGUCACCCAGUGUCAGCUAAGUCUGUCACCGUGUCCUGGAUUUUCAGAGCCCUAAACUCUAAUUCGGAUGAGUCGGUCUUUUACUACCAAGAGCAACCGUACCCUCCCAUGGAAGGGCGUUUCAAAGGCCACGCGGUGUGGUCGGGAGAUAUUAUGAGAAAGGAUGCUUCCAUCACCCUGCAUGAGGUGCCUCCGACCUUUAAUGGCACCUUCAUCUGCCAGGUGCGCAACCUUCCCGAUGUGCACGGCAGCAGCGGAGAGCUUGUCCUCAGUGUGGUCAAAAAAGGCAGCACCCAGCUUUUACCCGUUGUGAUCACUGAUUGGAGAUUAUUGUUGCUUCUAGUUUCCCUCUCUGAGAUCAGCAUCCUGGCAGUAGCAGUUGGCGGCGCCUGUGGCCUAAUCCUCAUCCUCCUCUUUAUCGUUAUGGCGGUGAAGUUCUGCAGGAGAAAACACGUGGAGUCCGACCCUGAGAUGCAAGUGCGGGAACACGAGUUGAAGGACCCGACCGUCUGCUCACCUGAAGAGGCCGUUCAUCUCACAGUUUUCAAAAAGGAGAAAGAACCUGUUAGCUCAGAUGAUGAAGAGUCUGAACCCAGCAGUGGAGAUGAGGAAGAGGAAGGCCUUGAAGAUGAUGAUGAUGAUGAUGAUGAUGACGACGACGAUGACGGUGGUGAUUAAAUUGUCACACUUGCUCGAUUAUUAUCGUGUUUCCAGGUAUAACGUCUGACUUUUUCAACUCAUGACCAUGAUUUUAAAUGGUUAGUAUAUGUGUAAUUUAUUUGACUUUUUUUUUUAGAGUUUUGUGAAUUAUGGUCACGAAAUUACAGUUUGAAUAGAUGUUGAAGAGUAGAUGUUAAAGGAAUGCCCACCCUCAAAUGCCUUUUUUAAAAAAUAUAACUCACCCCGAACCUUACAUUUUUAUAGAAAAAGUUGUGGUGUUUUUGCAUGGCUCCAAUUUGGAUUAAGAAUUAAAAAUCUUAGAAAAGUUGUGACAAAUGAAAGCAAACAGCAAUACUUUAUAAAACAAAGUUGUUACAAACCCUCACACAACUAUUAGCAGACUUUGAAAUGUAAAAUAGGUGGAGUUUCCAUUUGAGUUCUGUGUGAUGUAUGGAUGUGGAUUGAUGGAAGUGAGUUUGUUGUUUGUGUCUCCUGUAACUUUGCUUCUUUGUGGUGUUUUGACUGGAUUUCCAUACAACUGCUUCUGGAAUUCUAUUGCCUUUAUAUCAAUUUAGUGAAAACUCGUGAAUUUUCAUGUCAAAUAAAUGUACUAUGGAUUUUUUCAGGAGAGAAGAGCCAGUUUAAUUUGGCUCAUUGCUUAACCUCCACUGGCUAGUGGACACGUUGUUUUUUCCACUUUGGUGUUAAAUGAUGCUCAGGUUCAAUCUUUAAAAGCAUCAGCUGAGAGUACAAAAAGCCUCAUUUGGGAAAGAAACGGUUUACCUGUGGCAUAGUGUGUCUGUGAUUUAUGAGUGAUGAACAAAGUAAGGGGUUUACUAAAUUGUAUGAGUGAUUGUGUAUUUAGAUUUUGUACAUAGUGUAAAAUAUGCAGAACUAUACACAGUUUUUUAAGAAAUAUUAACCCUAGAAAUGUUGUCUAUAUAUUUCCAACCUAUCAUGGAAUAAAGAAUUGUUUUUAAAAUUA